AUGAAAUCACACGUAUUUACGUUCCGUAGUAAGGUUUAUUUUGAAUGUAACCCCGGCUUCAAAUUGGUUGGAGACAAGUAUCGCCAAUGUCAGGCGAAUCAAACAUGGAGUGGACGUGUGCCAACCUGUAAACGUAAGAAAUGAUGCUACUUAGUGUUUCAUUAGAUACUGUUUUACUGAGCAAAUGGAAAGCUCUCGGAGAAAGGGGAAAGAGCGUGAAAAUACAAAUUAGGGACUCAGCGAGCUCCUCCGAAAGAAAGGUAUCUUGCAAACGACAAGUAACAUUCAUGCCAUAGAUUUCUUCCGGGACGAAUCUUUUGUGAAAAUUCAUAUUACCUGUUAUCCUCCACCACAGUCCCCUCUCCCCUCUCCCCUCUCCUUAAACAACUUAAAAGUUUUAUUAUGGUCAGUCCUCAAAGCGAUGGAGGAGCGAACAAAUCGGAACUAAGUUUAUUUGCUGUUGCUUUAUAAUUAUCUCCAUAUUUUUCUUUUGUCCUUUAAAGCAAUCGAUUGCGGUAGGUUGUCGACUCCACAUAAAGUUUUUAUAGUUUCGGAAACCAGUCACACGCGACUUGGCGGUUAUGUGAAAUAUCGGUGUAAGGAGAAAGGCUACGAGCUGAUUGGCUCGGAGACUCGAGUUUGUCAAAACGAUGAACAGUGGAGCGGAGUUGAACCUUCGUGCCAAAGUAAGUACUAUUCUUUUGCAAACUAACUUUAACAUUACACUUAUAUUCAAAAGAGAAUGAUUCAAUAUACAAAGGCCAACCUACAUCCUUGACGCAUUCCUGUCUCGCUGUUGUUCAAACUUAGUUUGGUUAUGAAUGUGUGUGUUUCAUGAAAGCUUGCGGUAUUCCAAAUGUCCCAGAAUGCCAUGCCAUUUUUUUAUUUGGCGUUUAAUCUCAUUAUCACGUGAACGUUUGUGCGGCUAAUAAAAUGAAAAUUACGCCGUCUUAAUGGAUAUGUGAUAAAGUAAGUGAUCCUAAAUUUUAAAAAUAAAAAUACACGCGCCCGUGUAUUCUGAAGUAUUUUAACCUUAAAAUUUUUUUUUACAGUUAUAAACUGUGGGAAUCCAGAUGCCGCAGCUAAUGUUAAACAAAUUAUAAUUACAAAUGGUUUUGAUUAUGGUAGCUCGGUGGAAUUCGCUUGUGAGGCGAAUUACAUUUUGGAGGGAUCCAAAAUAAUAACCUGUGGAGAAACAAAAGAGUGGAGUUCGACUGCCCCAAGUUGCCUUGGUGAGUAAAAUUGUUACUAAAGAAUCGUAAUAGUCCAUUUUACAGUGGCCUGAUUGCCUGCCAAGCCUUUGAACAGAAGUGAGGCUAAGCUUGACCUUGCUAUGAUACAAACGUUAUUGCUUGUCAAAUGUAAAUUACUUUGUUAGAUCAAGUUAUGCUUAUUAGAUAUUGGUCUCUGUCACAACAUGGUCACCUUCAGCCUCACUCCAAAUCAAAGGCUUGGCAACUAAGUUCACAACUGUGAAAUGUCCUAUUGAACGACGUUGUGGUAUAAUGGCGCAGGGGAAGAGGGAAGGGGUUGCUCAUUAUUGAUGCCAACUUCGGAGCUAAACAAAAGAUUAAAUGCUACUAAACAAAACAACAACAACAACAACAACGAAAAUCAAGCAACGAAUAAAUAUCUAAAAAAACGCAAGAGGGAAAGAUAUAAAUUAAAAGGUGAAAAUAGCUUUGGCAUCAACAGUUUUAAAGUAAUAAGUAAUGUUUAUGUAUUGAUUAACUCGACUGUUCAGUCGAAUAGUUUUCAGAUCGUAUAGUCAUGGGCCAUUUAAUCCAUUUUUCCUUAUAUUCUCUCAGAGCUUGUUUUCUCAUUUCUUGAAUACAUUACACGACAAACGGAUCAGAAUGCUUACAUUUACACGAAAUGUACCUUUCAGCUCCAUGUUCAGACCCUGGUGAGCCAGGGAAUGGAAUAAGAAUAGGAGAUGACUUUAGGCAUGGGAAAUUCAUAAAAUUUAUAUGUGAUGACGACUUUGAAUAUGUUGGGGAAAAAAACAUUCAAUGUUUGGAUGGAAAGUGGAGUCACAAGAUACCCCAGUGCAAAGGUAAAAGAUGUAUUAGAUAAGAACAAUAAUGGUUGUUCUAUGAUUAAUAAGCCACAAAAGUAAUCCAAUAGGAAGAUGUGAAGGGAAUGGAAGAUAUUGUUCAUUAUGGUUCUAUAGUUAAAUGAACGAUUAAUCGUUUGCCUCACGAUGUGGAGUCAGGCUAUCAAUCGCAUUAAUCGCUUCGUUUCGACUUCUACACUGCUAAUCUUCGUCAAACGACGAGGAUGAGAGUUUAUUAUUUUAGAUUUUUAUUUAUUUAACAUAUUUGUAAUAUUCAAGGUACGAACCAUUUUGUUUUUUGUCAAUAUCUUAGAUUAGUAAAUUAUAAUUAGUCACCCUGUAGAUAUAAUUAUGGGUUUUGUUAUUUGGUCUUUGAUAAGUUAUGUAUAUGGCCCUUUUUCCUAGAAAUCUCGUGCGGAGAUCCAGGAAUACCAACACAUGGGAGGCAAACAAAUGUCGUCAAAAACUUUGCUUUCAGAGGAACAGUAGAAUUCCAGUGUGAUAAAGACUACACCUUGCACGGCAAAUCAUCUCUUUCUUGUCAAAGGAACAAGACGUGGGAUGGAGAUGUUCCAAAGUGUUUAGGCAAAUAUCUCUCUUGUGAUUAAAUAUUUGAGCAUUCAGAAACUUUAGAACACGAUCAAACGGUUUCGUAAUGUUGAAAAGCAAUAUAAAUAAGCUCGAAACGAUUUCCUCAUUUCAUAACAAGUUAUCACUUGAUGGUCGUACACUUCCAUAAUUUCUCGUUAGUUUCCAUUGCAAAAGUACAACUUUUCGGGAACACGCUUCAUUAAGUCAUGGUGCCUUCAGCUAAAAAUGAGUUUUGUAGCACCCGCUCUAUUUAUUAGCGAUCGAGAUAUCGAUUUUUAUUUUAUGAUACAAUUGAAAAAAAAAAAGGUCUCACGCUUUGUAGUUUAAGCAAAAAAUUCAAGUGCUCGGUCAAGCAGGUCAGGAAGAAAGGACUCUUUUGGGGAGGUAUGAUAACCCCUUUUGUUUUUAGUGGAAAGCGACUGUGACUGAACGUUCUCCAAACAUCUGGCCUACAUGAUUGUACUGACAUUCCAUAUAAUUCGCUUUAAGGAUGGUUAGUGCAGCUAUUUAGCCCGCGAACUGCUUUCUAGCUCGCGAGCUGUUUUCACUCACGCUCAUAGGGUAUGAUUUUAGACAAAUGCUGUUAUUUUCAUUUUUUUUUCUAUUUUGCAUUUUUAGCAUCCUGCUCUGACCCUGGUACUCCACUUCACGGGGAAACCAUUGGAAGUGCUUUUGAACACGAUUCAGUCGUAAACUUCCAAUGUUUAUCCAAUCGUGUUUUAGAUGGCGCCUCGAGGGUGAAAUGUAACAACGGGCAAUGGGACGCACAGCGCCCAACAUGUAGAGGUUUGAAAGUUGUCUUAAGUAAUUGAACAUCGUUGAUUUGUUAGAGAACUAGAAAUUUUAAAGAGUAAUAUGGCCAUGAUAUGUUUGGUGCAGUGUAGUAGGUAGACGCUAGUUGUGAAGAAGCAAAAAAAAGUGUAGAAGUCAUCCAAUUCAUGUUAUGGUAGACUUCUUCCUCAACACGUGACAUUGUCACAGAGAACUGACACAUAGUGAACGUUGGGCUAAGCUCAAAACGUCAGCUAUAGAAUCUUUCUACAAUGGCCAAUUCACAUUUUCAACUCAGCUGAUUAUACCAGAUCAUCUUGUAGUACUUCCCGACGACUUAGCACCACAAUUUCUUUCGAAACUUACCACCCUUAACACAGCAUUGAGAGUCCUCGAGAGGUUAACUGGGAAAUGACCAAAAUUUUUAUUGGUAAAAGAUAUUUAUUUUCCUCAUUCACUCUUACGGUUGAAUAUUGUUACGACACAACCGUCCAUAAUAACACGCGCCCGGAAAAAUGAGCGAUAUACGAAAGUGUAUGACCACAUUCGCCCGUCCUUUCGCACUCCGCUUUGUCAGAAAUGUACAAAUAUAGUCGGUUGUUUCGUUUGAAGCUUCAGCAGCACGGAGUCUAGAGCCUGGGUUACAUGCUUAGGCAAAAACUCAGUGGAGUGACAGCAACAAUAUUUCGUUGUCAUGUUAAAGUCUCUCCAAUUGGAAGCCUUUAAAAUGGAAUUGAAACUACAGAAACUGGCGGCAACUUGCAUUUUGGAAUUUGUAGCUUAUAGCUCAUUGUCCACUUUAUUUUUACGUUUAAGAUUGCGACGGACCCCUGAAAACCUCCGGAAGACAUAUCAGCUGUUCAAGCGAAGGACGUAAGGGUUAUACUGAGAUAAACCUCCAAAAGGAAAAUAUUAUUACGGCGGCAAGUAUCCAGCUGGGACAAGAUAAAAGAAAUGUUCUACAGAUUCAAAUAACAGCGCUUCUUUCCAGCAAAUGGGUACAAAUUGUCAGACCUUUCAAGGUAAAAACCUGAUUACAAUAUUUCCUCUUAUUUCCCGUAUUUUUCUGCUCUGGACUGUGGAAGAGUGAUAAAGUGAAAUAUGAAAAUUUGACGAUCAAGUAGCAUAGUCAUAUUCGCUAGCACAAGUAUAACAUUAGAUUUUUACACCAACAGCCAUCUUUCAGUGAAGGAGUGAAAACAAUUAAACUUCCUCAACCAGUUAUUGCUCAGUCUUUGCAAGUUCUGUUCAUCACCAGACAGGGACUCUCUAGUUGUUUAACACCGACAUUAUAUGGAUGUGAUGCAGUACGUCGAGGUUAGGCUACUUAGUUCAUAGAUGAAUUGUAUCUUUAAGUUCUCUCUCCAACACUCUGUUUAGAUAAACAUCCACAAAUUAAAAUGGAACGGUUUCAUGACUAAAAUGUAGAAAAUUAAAACGUCUUUUCUUCUAAAAUCACAGUGAUUAGCAUUGAUGGUUGCAUAAUGUAUUAAAUAAAUCCUUUAUACGAGAAACUGUUCCGAGUUCAGCUUGAGAAUCAUCUCAUUUUUAUGCAAUAACUAUCCGUAUUGUUGUCUCGCCUCACGUUUUGCGUCCUUGUCUUUUUAGGUUGUAUCAUGCCAGGCUCCGCAGUCCUAUUCAAAGAGGGAGGAACAUAUCGUAAGGGGCGUUUUGCGUCUGUCCGGGGCGUCAAGUGGGAGGUCGUUAAAGGAAAACGAUACAAAUAUUUAAGCAAAGAUGACAUACUAAUACUUGAUGAGAAACUUAACGUCAACCAGCUAUCUGAAGGCACUACAGUCGUUGGAACAGAUUCGCGAGGAAAAAUAAAGGGGGGAAACAUAAAAAGAUCAUGCAGUUCCACUCACUGUCCUAUUGAAACAAACGGUAAAGAGUGGCAGAGCAAAUUAGAAAACGUUCGAUUAUUCAAAGGAGAAUUGUGUAAAUAGUUCAAUUUCAAUGAUAUAUAAAGUGUCUGAGCGGAUGUUGGACUGUAUUGAACAAUCUUGUAAAAUUUAUCUUUCACUUUUAACGGACGCACCAAAGGUAGGCUAUCGUUAAAAGAGGAUUUGUGGAAGCUCGAUCCGCCAACAAGAUCGAAGCUUCGUGUUCACUCAAACCCUACAUAUAUUUUGAAGAAAGUAGACGACUCUUGCCACUAAUUUUUCUAGGAAGAGAGGAAACAUAAAAAGAUCUUUCAGUUCCACUCAAUGUCCUAUUGUAGAGUGGCAAAGCAAAUUAGAAAACGUAAGAGUAUUCAAAGGAGUGUUGUUUAAAUAGUUCAUGUUCGACUAAUACAUCAAAAGUUUUUACGUCCUUAUGGGGGUGGGGUUGGACUUCAUUGAAAAAUCCCCCAUCUUCGACCUUUGAACCAGCUACCUGAAGGCACUACAGUCGUUGGAACAGAUUCGCUGGGGAAAAUAAAGAGGGGAAACAUAAAAAGAUCGUGCAGUUCCACUUACUGUGUAGGGUGGCAGAGCAAAUUAGAAGAUGUUCGAGUGUUCAAAAGAGAAUUGUGUUAAUAGUUCACGUUCAUAUGUUAUAUAAAAUGUCUGAGCGCAUGUUGGACUGUAUUGAACAAUCUUGAACAAUCUAUCUUUCACUUUUGACGGGCGCAGAAAAGGUGGGCUCGUGCUCACUCAAACCCUACUUAUAAUUUAAAUAAAGCAGACAGCUCCUGAUUGUGCUACUGUACGUGCUCUUAGAUUUUUACCUUUUUAAUUUCUCUAUGGAGCAUAGGACCUCUAAUAUAAAAUUCCUAUACUCACUGUGUUGUAAGGGCUAUACGAAUGACCUCUAAAAAUGCAUCUCUGCAUUUAUAAAUAAAAACUGCAACAGAUAUUUGACAAUUUUUAAAAGACAAGGUUGAGCAAAAUAUCGUGGCAAGCAGAUAUACAAUUUGCCGAAGCCGAGACGAUAUUACGCAUAGGGCAACCAUCAUUCAGUUUGUAGGCAGUUAUGGCAAGUCACAU